AUGAACGGCUCGGAGCGGACACCCGCGCCGAGCCGAAGCGAUCGACAGGACCGGCUGAACAGUGUUCAAAAAGGCAGAAUCGGUGAACGACAUGCCGCUGCGUACCUCCGGGAGCGCGGCUACCACGUCGUCGAGCGAAACCUCCGCAUGCGUGCUGGGGAGAUUGAUCUCGUCGCCUGCCGGGGCGACCGUGUCGUGUUCGUGGAAGUCAAGGCAUGGAGCAGCUUCGGCGCCUCCGACCUGGCGGCGGUCGUGAACGGCCGAAAGCGUUCGCGGAUCGCUCGCGCGGCGGCGGCGUUCCCUGGCCGCCAACCCGCGCUAUGGCCGACUGCGGCCCCGUUUCGACGUCCUGCUGCUGCGUACCGGGCAGGCACCGCUGCACCUGGAGUCGGCGUUCGGCGCCGACGGCGUGCCGCUGUGACGCCGUCCCGCAGGCGGCGCCUCGGCGUUCUGCAUCGCAUGGGACGGGCCUUCCCGAUCGCGUGGCGUCGCUCGCCGGUACGGCGCCGUCCUCUCGGAUCUGCCCUGAUCAGGGAAGGGCUCGUGCAGCGUCCUGCCAGACGGCGGCCGGCGGUGCGCGACGCGUACCGGGCGCAGGCGCGGCACGCCGAGUUGCGCAGCAAGAUCGGCGACCGGCGUUACCUGGAGCGCGCCAUCCGCUAUCUGGCGCAGAUCCUGAUCGACGGCCCGUCGCGCAGACCUCGCCGGUGA